AUGCUAAAAAUUUUAAUCCCAACACUAAUGCUAUUUCCAACGACCUGACUUGUAACCCCAAAGUGACUUUGAACCACAACAACAGCCCAAGCCCUAGUCAUUGCCACCGCAAGCCUGACCCUACUUAACUGAAACUCAGAAACCGGUUGAACCUCCUCAAACCCCUACCUGGGCACAGACCCGCUUUCCACACCUCUACUCGUCUUGACAUGCUGACUUCUCCCCUUAAUAAUUCUGGCAAGUCAAAACCACAUCUCCCCAGAACCAAUCAGCCGCCAACGAACCUAUAUUACCCUAUUAGUAUCCCUCCAACUAUUCUUAAUUAUAGCCUUUGGGGCCACCGAGAUUAUCCUGUUCUAUAUCAUGUUUGAAGCCACACUAAUCCCAACCCUAAUUAUUAUUACACGAUGAGGAAACCAAACUGAACGACUUAACGCAGGCACCUAUUUUCUAUUCUACACCCUAGCCGGAUCCCUUCCUCUGCUAGUUGCCCUACUAGUUCUGCAAAAAGAACUAGGCUCCCUUUCAAUAUUAGUUAUUCAAUAUAUACAACCCGCCCCACUGUGCACUUGAGCCGACAAAGUCUGAUGAGCGGCCUGCUUAGUCGCCUUCCUAGUGAAAAUACCCCUAUACGGAGCCCACCUCUGACUCCCAAAAGCACACGUAGAGGCCCCAGUUGCAGGAUCCAUAGUCCUGGCCGCCGUACUACUAAAACUUGGCGGCUACGGCAUAAUACGAAUAAUUAUUAUGCUAGAACCAGCAUCCAAAAAUCUCGCGUACCCAUUUAUUAUCCUAGCUUUAUGGGGUAUUAUCAUGACCGGGUCAAUUUGUCUACGACAAACAGACCUAAAGUCCCUAAUUGCAUAUUCAUCCGUAAGCCACAUAGGACUAGUAGUAGCAGGAAUCCUCAUCCAAACCCCCUGAGGCUUUACCGGAGCCAUCAUUCUGAUAAUCGCACACGGCCUAGCAUCCUCCGCAUUAUUCUGUUUAGCAAACACUAACUAUGAACGCCUUCAUAGCCGAACUCUGCUUCUUGCACGAGGAAUACAAGCCGUACUCCCCUUAAUAGCCACAUGAUGAUUUAUUGCCAACCUAGCCAACCUAGCCCUCCCUCCCCUCCCCAACCUAAUAGGAGAACUAGUUAUUAUCACCUCAAUAUUUAACUGAUCAAACUGAACAAUUAUCCUCACAGGAGGGGGAACCCUUAUUACCGCCAGCUACUCCCUCUACAUAUAUCUAAUAACACAACGAGGCCCAGUAUCCACCUUAAUCAUGGCAGUUGAACCAUCCCACACACGAGAACACCUACUCAUAGCACUACACCUUAUCCCCAUUAUUCUACUGAUGCUAAAGCCAGAACUCAUGUGAGGCUGAUGUUUCU